GAAGUGCUUUGCGGCGAAGGAGGCAGCAUUGAGGCGAGAGAUAAAAUGGCGGUUGCUGUGAAGGCUUUUCAGGAACAGCUUGAAAAAGCAAAAGAAGGAUUAAAAAAUGUAGACGAAAAUAUUCGCAAAUUGAUUGGCAGGGACCCCAACGAACUUAGGCCUGGCCAAGCAAGAAGGCUAACCAUCCCAGGCCCAGGAGGAGGUAGGGGGCGAGGAAUUAAUUUACUGAGGCGUGGACUCUCGGACAGCGGAGGUGGACCCCCAGCUAAAUAUAGAGAUAUUGACGGGGCACUCUUGAGGCUGGCUGGAGAUCGACGGGCAAGGAGAGAUUCACGCCAUGAAAGCGACGCAGAGGACGAUGAAGAUGAUAAAAAGCCGGCGUUGCAGUCUUCAGUUGUUGCUACCUCCAAAGAACGAACACGUCGAGACCUUAUUCAAGACCAAAGUACGGAUGAGAAAGGCAAACAAAGGAAUCGACGUAUGUUUGGCCUGUUGAUGGGUACUCUUCAGAAGUUCAAACAAGAAUCUACAGUGGCGACAGAAAGGCAAAAAAGACGUCACGAGAUAGAACACAAGCUAGAAAUCCAAGCAGAAGCGGAACGCAAAAAGGUUGAAAAUGAACGACGAGAACUCUUUGAAGAACGUCGUGCCAAACAAUCAGAGCUGAGACUUUUGGAACAAAAAGUGGAACUGGCUCAGUUGCAAGAAGAAUGGAAUGAUCACAACUCUAAAAUAAUAAAAUAUAUAAGAACAAAGACAAAACCUCCAAUCUUCUAUAUGCCUGGCAAAAUGUGUUCAGCCACUCGUAAGCUCUUUGAGGAGUCUCAGAAAAAAUUGAAUGCCAUAUUUGAGGAAAGGCGUGAAGAGUUUGCAGAACAUCUCAACAAAAUGGUGGUCCGUCCCAGACGCCAGUCAGUGAAGGAGAAACAGGAGGAAUUACACAAUGAAGAUCUGCAGAAUGAAGAGCAAGAGGAGGGUAAGCCGCCUCGGCAGGAGGCAAAGAUGGAGGAGACAGGUAACCAGAAACAUGAUGUAGAGAUGGAGGAAGCAGGAGAGGGGGAGGUGAGCAUAGUUCAUAGUGAUUUGGAACCAGAACAGGAAGAAGUUACAAAACUGGAGGAGGAGCAGGGGCAGUCAGUGGAGCUUAGAGGAGCAGAAGAGGAAGUUGCUGAUGCUAGGGAAGAAAGGCAGCCAGUGUGUAAGCCAGACAGCAUUGCAGAGGCCAAGGAGGAUGAAAGGGUUCAGCAGGGAGAGAGUGAUCAGGAGAUGGAGUUUAAAGAGAGCCCAGGGGUAGCAGAAAUGGAGGUUAGCCAGGAUAAAAAGGAAGAGGAGGAAGUAGUUAAGGAUGAGGCAGAUCAGAAACAGGAGUCCAGAACGGAACCUGAAAGGGAGAACGGCCUUGAAGCUGAAUCCCCUGGUGAACAGGAGCCAGUGCCUGAUCCUGAGCCAGUUCUAGAAAUGGUAGUAGCGAAGGAGCCUGAAAGCCAGUCUCCCAGAGAGGAAGUUGGUGUCGUGGCCCCUGGACCAGAGGACGGUCAUCAGCCGCAGCAACAGUUGCAGCAGGCGACAGAAAAGCAGCCUAAGGCAGUUCACAGCAAAAGCAGGACUAGGAGCCAGAGCAGGGGUAGGGUGGGGGAGAAGAAGAAAAGCAGGAGCAGCAGUAGCUCCUCCUCCAGCAGCACCUCGAGCUCCAGUAGCAGUGGCAGCAGCUCUAGCAGUAGCGGCAGCAGCCAGAGCAGCUCCAGCAGCAGUAGUAGCAGCAGCACCAGCAGUAGUAGCAGUAGCCGGAGCCGGAGCAGGGCAAGGGGACACAACCGGGACAGAAAGCGCAGGCAAAGGAGUACAGAGAAAGACAGGGAAAGGGAGAGGAAGAGAGGCAGUUCAGGAGUGGACAGGAACCACAAGUCCUCCAAAAACAGCAGCCGGGAUGUGAAGGGGUCCAAAGCAAAGAGCUCCAGAUCAGAUGGGAAGAGGUCAGUGACAGAGGGCAGUCUGUCGGAUAAAAAGCUGUCGCGCAGCGAGAGAGAUCGCAAACCAGACAGAAAGGACAAGAGGCGCUAAAAGGGCUGACCUGGCUUUUCAUGUGUGUUUAAAAAAAAAAAAAAAAAAAAAAAGUCAUCCUCCACAGCCGAAGAGGAUUGUUGUAGUUGGACGCCGAAGAGCAACAGUUCCUUUGUAAGGAACAGAUCAUUUUAAGUCCUAAUUGUGUAUCGACUUUGUAACACGUGCUGUGGGACUUUUUUAAAGUUUAAAAGAUAAAAUAAAAAUUGAAGACUCCAGGAGGUACUCUAGUACUUUUUUUAGUAGUUUUUCAUAUGGUUUCUCAGACUGACACAAUGCAAUUCUCUAUACAAAAGAUUGAUCCAUACACUUUUCAGCAAUUUGGUAAGAUGUAUAAAUUUGAAAUGAAUACCUCUUGUGUAUUUUAAUAAAGUUGAUAAACGUUAUUCUGAUUAAGUGCUGUCCCUCUGGGUUUUGAAUAUUGAUAUUUGGUCAAAUUUUUUUUGCGAUUCAUACCUUGUGUUAUUUUUUUUUGUCAUUGUUGCAUGUUAAAUGAUCAUCGAAGACUUGUGCAUGUUUCCUUGCACCUUUCAAGUCUGCUAAUCCUACGUUUUUUUUAUUUUGAAUUUUUUUGACUAUCUUAUUGUGUGCUACUGAAGAGUCCUGGAGUGUUGAACUCUGCUCACUUGUCAUUAGUGGUACAGUGGUGUUGAACCCACAUGUCCUGGUAUAACUUUUUUUUCCUUCCUACUACAAUGCUUUUGUUGCUUCUCUCUCUCUCUCCCCAUCCCCACUGUGGGUUAUUUCCUUUUUUUUUUUUUUUCAAUUUUGCUUUACACCCAUGAGGGACAAAGAGACCCCUGAGAACAUUUGAUAGGUUUUUUUUUGUUGACCUGCUUUGGAAAUGCUGUUCAAAAAUGUAUGCCUUGUAUAAUUUUGUACAAAUUGAACAUCUUCAAAAAUAAAGAGCAUUUGUGUUGGUA